AUGGCCGUGACCAAGGCGGCCGUCUCCCGGAAGAAGGCACCAAAUUCAGCUCCAUCCACCGUUACGCCUAAGAAUUCCAGGAAUACCACCUCGAAGAAAACUGCAGGGAGUUCCAGAUCUGGGGGUAAGAUCAAGCUACCUACAAUCAAAGGUAGCAGAGGAAAAGCGAGGACUGCAGCUCGGGUCAGGAAACCGGCACAGACAUCCAAAGCCAGAGCUUCCAAGGCUUCAUCAUCACCAGCUAAGCCUCACAGUCUUUCUACAGAAGCUAAAACCAAGGCUGCCGCUGUGAAUAAGAGCUCGCCCACUCGAAAACGAACAUUAACCCAGAAGAAAGAUAUCUUAAAAGAGGUUCGAGAGACGAUCAACAAGGGACCUUCGAGAAACAUCUCGAAGGUAGCGAAAGCCCCGAUUGUCUUUUCGGGACGGUCCGCGAGGACGAAGAGACAUUAA